AUGAAACAACAACGUGAAUUCGAUGAUAAUAUUGUACGUUCAGGUGCACGUAUACGUGAAAGUGUACGUAGUUUACCAAAAGGACAUUUUCAACAAAUAAGACAAAUGUUUGAAAAACAAAAAUAUACAACAAAAAAGUUAUCAACUAUUUAUGAACGACAACAAAAAUCUAUGUUAUCUGAUGUUUUACUACGAUUACCUGUUACUGAUGAUGAAAAAUUACAACAUACAAUAACAAAAAUUGAUGAUAUUAAAAUAGAUCAUAAUAAAUCACUUGAAGAACGUUAUCGAGAUUAUCUUGCUGAAUAUCAAACAUUUCGUUUGAAACUUACAAAUGAAUUUCUUGAACAUAAAAUAAUGUAUCCUUUAAAACAAGAUGAACAUUUAUUUGAACAAUCAAUGUCUUUGUCUCAUGAGAAUAAUUUAAAUGAAGAAACACUUUUAUAUACUACUUCAUUACCGGAACAAGAACUUCCUUUAUCUAAUCUAGAAGAAUCUAUUUUAACAACAUCUCGACUUAAUAAACAUCGUCAAUUAACAAUGUCAACCGUUAUUAAUUAUCCUGACAGUUACGAUUCAUUAACUUCAAAUUCUUUAAAUCGUACAGGUAGUAGUCGACAAUAUGUAUCUAGUUUACAAAGUACAUCAGAUGUACAUAUUAAACCUGUACAUUUAAAAACAACAACAUGUAAUUUAUCAAAAGAUAAUCAACCAGUAACAUCUUAUGAAACAUAUAAUAUAGUAAAAUCGUCACGACGUCUUCAUUCUUCAACAUCAUUAUCAUCAACUGGUUAUGAUUCAAAUUCUUCACCUUCAAUUAAAUCUAAACGUAAUUCAAUAGCAACAAACAAUAGUAAUGAUCUUAUAAUACAAUCAAUAUAUUCAUCAUCAUCUUCUUCAUCUCCAUCAUCAUCAUCAUCAUCAAGCGAUGAACAACAACAGCAAUUAUCCAAACCUUGGAUACAAUAUCGAUCAAAUACAACCAAUCCUUCAAUUUAUACUUCAAAUUAUAAUGAUGAUGUAUUUGAAAGUUCAAAUGAACCAUCACCAUUAAUAAGUCGUACUGAAAUAAAAUUAAGUCAACCAACAAUUGAUCAGCGUCCUACCAAUGUUAUUUGUCAUGCAAUUAUUCGUAAUGCAACUGCAAUUAAUUCACCUUCAUCAACAUCAAUUCAUCAUGAACCAAUAAUAGCAACAAAAAAAGCAAAUAAUUUAUCUUAUUUUGUUCAAACAACAUCAUUUCCUGAUCCUACAACAGAAGAAAAAAUUGAUAGAAAAAUUCGUCGAUGGAAUAAUCUUUACAGUGAACGUAUGGAACCGAUUAAUAAAUCAAAUAGAAGUAGAAAAUAUCCAUUAUCAUCUACUAGUUCAAUGGGUUUUCAAGUUAUGAAUUUAAAUAGUGAACAACAACAACAACAAACAAAACUCGAUACCUUAAGUACAAAUUCAGAACAAAAACAAAUUUAUGAACUAGCAGAAAGUCCAUUACCACUGGUAGGAACUUCAGCAUUGUAUCGAUUACCACCGAAAAAACCGCCAAGAACAUUUGAACAUGAUAAAAAAAAUAAUCUUUUCAAAAAAUCAAACGAUCAAAAAGUACCAUCAUCCGAAUCAUCGAAUGGAAACUCACCAGCGUUUGAUCGUGGUACUCGUUCAAUUAGUUGUAUGGAUUUAACAGCAAGUGUUUCAAAUGCUUUAUUAUCUAAUGAUUAUCAAAUAUCAAAACAAAAACAUAGUCGGAAUUCACGUCGAUCAAAUAAUCUAUCAGAAAAACUAAUAAAACCAACGAUUCCAAAUGAAAAUUUUAAUGAAUCAUUAAAAUUACCGUUAACACCAGUAAUAAAAAACGAUCAUCAAGAACAAUAUUUAUAUAAUAGUUCUCAAAGUGAAUUAAAUACAAUAAACAAAAAUGAUUUUAUUCUUCAUACACCAACAUUAAAACAAAAACAAAGUAAUCCAUUAAUAACAAAAAAAUCAGUUAUGAAAAAAGGUAUUAGUGAACCAAAUCUUACUAAAACAUCUCGAAAUAAAUCACCAUUUUCACCACGUGGUCUUAUUAAUCGUUUUAAACGUAUGUUACCAUUAUCAUUAUCAAAACAAUCAUUAAAUGAUAAAAUAACAAAUCAUAAUGAUAAUAUAUCAACAAUAAAUGAUAGUGAUGAUACCGCUAGUACAUCAUCCGAUAAUAAUGAUCAUAUUCGAACAUCUCGUCUUGAUCAUGUUAGUCGUGUUAAAGAUGUUUAUGAUUCAUUAAAUACAUCAAAUCAUAUGUCAAGUUUACUUACUGAUCCAAAUAUAUCUAUAUCAAUAAAUGAAUUAACAACAUUAUAUGAUUAUGUUGUUCAUAUUAUACCUGAACAAGAAUUAGGUUAUUUUUCAAAUGGUAAUGGUUGUUUAUUAUCAUCAAAUUUUAAUCAAGAACCACAACACCAACAACAUAUAUCAACAUCAACAUCAAUACGAUUUAAAUAUCCAUUAGAUGCAAAAGAUGAAAUAACAUUAAAAUAUUUUUGUUUUCCUGAUCAACAUGAUUCAAAUAAUAAUCCAUUAUUAUUAAUAAAAACUAUAACACAAGAAUAUUUUCGUUUUACAUUAACAAAUAUGUAUGGUGUAAGACAAUAUGGUUAUUGUUCACGAUUUUAUCAUAAAAGUACACUUAAUGCAUUAUGUAUUGUUUCACCAUAUGAUAUGAUUGAUGUUUAUGAAAAAAUUCUUUCAACAGCUACAGAAUUAUUUCUUUCAUAUAAAGAUAAUGAUGCAAGAAUAUUUUUAGAAGAAAUCUAUCAACAUCGUUUGCCUAAUCGUGGUGAUACAAUACAUAUUAGUACAACAACAGUUGGUUUAUAUACAUUGAAAUGUGAAUAUGAUAGAAGAAAAGUAUUAAUUGAUUCAGUUAUUUUACUUAGUUUAUCAACAGACACAAUCAUUAAAAUAUUUUCUUCAAUUCUCUACGAACAAAAAAUAAUCUUUAUCGGUAAUGAACUCGGUCCAUUAACACGUUUAAUUAAUACAUUCAUUUGUCUACUGUAUCCAUUUUCAUGGCCACAUACCUAUGUUCCUAUAUUACCUGCAUUAAUGCUUGAUGUAAUACAAGCACCAACACCUUAUAUUUUAGGAAUAUUGCGUUCUUGUGAAUCAUAUUUAACAGCAAAUGAUGAUUUUUCAUUACAAGAUAAUUCUGAUAUACUUAUUGUUGAUAUUGAUCAUGAUCGUAUACGUUCAAUAAAUGAUUAUUUAACAAAUAAUUCAUAUCGUAGUUCAAUGGAAAAUUUGCAUAAUUUUCCAUUAACACAUAUAGAAACAACAAGUUUUCAAAUAUUACCUAAAAUAUUUAAAAUUGAAUUAAAACAAGAAAUAUCAUUAUUACGUAAAAAUCGUUUAAGUCUAUCAUUAGAUGAAUGUCAACAACGUUUACAUAAUGUAUUUAUGUCUAUAUUUGUACAAUCAUGUUAUAAUUAUAAAGAUUAUUAUAAUGAAAAUUUUCAACGUGAAGAAUUUCUUCACUCAAAACAACAUACAAUUGAAUUAUUUUUAGAAUGGUUUACACGUACACAAAUAUUUGAAUUAUUUAUUCGACAAAAAUUUGAAAAUAAUAAUUCAAAUCAAUAUGCGAUUACAUUUGAUUUAGCUUGUGAAAAAUAUUCUAAAACAUUAAAUAAACAAAUAACACCACAACGUGUUACAGUUAAAUCAGUUAAACGAAAAUCAGCAACACGAGCAAAUAAACAAGAGAAUCGAUUUUAA